AGACGACAACAAAUAUCGACUCUUCCGGCAUUACUAAUCCGUUUCGAACAGAUGGCGCCACGUGACGUCAUAACCCGGGCCGUUACCAUGGCGACGCCAGCAUCCGCGGUUGUGCGUCGCGACGACCGACGACGCCGAUCCGGCGCUCAGUCAGUGUCGUCCGCGACUCGUUCGUGUCAGCCGGCCGUAAUACCGUUUCGCGAUAUCCUUCCACAUAAUUAUUAUUAUUAUUAUUAAUUAGAAUAAAUUAAUUUAUAUACGGACAUUAAUUAAUAAUCCAUAGGCUUUUAUUUAUUUAUGUCUAAUUAUUAUGUAAGUGUGAUAUCACAAAGGUAUUUUGUGGAGUGAAGGCGCACAGAUGGUCGUUAUAAUAGUAUGGGAGCCCCGCAAGAGAGAUAACACAAUAUGACGGAGUUAAGCUAACCGGGGACCCUAAUAAUGACCAGUUUGCAGUGGGAAAAACUCUCUCCGCAGGAGUUCCAGCAACUUCAAGAUUUGGCCGAAUAUGCCAACAAAAAGUUACAAGAUGUACUGGUGGAGUAUUGCGGUACGGGACACCCUUACAAGCAUAAUCCAGAUGGGGAAAUCGACCUGCAGGGCUUCUGCGAGUUUCUGGACACGUACCUGGAAAUCGAGACGCCCCGGGAGCUCUGCAAGCACCUCUUCCUCUCGUUCGUCAGGAAAAGUGUCAAAGUGGAAGGUAAAGCGUUCAAAGAGAUGACGGUCCUCAGCUCGACUACCGCUUGCGCUCCCAUAACGUCGCAUAAUCGAGGUUCUUCACCCAACGUGAACGCCAUCGGAGAAAUAAACACUCCCAGCGAAAAACCGAAAACUCUUGUAGAGAGAAUUCAGGGUUUGGGCGAGUCACUUUUGGGCCACCACAAGUCGGAUUGCGACUGUUCCACCAAAGGAAAGUCCGGAUCCGUCCAUCCCAUGUUGACAAUAACGCACACCUCCUACUCCUGCCACGAAUCGGUGGGGAAGAAAAGCGCCGAUUCCAGCCCGUCGCACAGUCAAAUAUCCCGAAACUCCUCAAAAAAAUCCAACAAUUCCCUGCUAGUGAACAACGGCAAGUUGGAAGAGGAACGACACAUAGUGGAGAAUACGGUCCUCGUAAACAGCCUUAAGGUCUCUUUAAAGGAUAUCGUGUGCUACUUAUCGCUGUUGGAAGCCGGCAGGCCGGAAGAUAAAUUAGAAUUCAUGUUCAGACUUUACGAUACGGACGGCAAUGGCUACCUGGACAAAAACGAAGUGGACUGCAUAGUGAAUCAAAUGAUGACAGUGGCGGAGUAUUUAGGAUGGGACGUAUCCGAACUAAAACCGAUCCUUCAAGACAUGAUGGUCGAAAUCGACUUCAACAAAGACGGUUUGGUCUCCUUAGAAGAAUGGAAACGCGGUGGCUUAACCACGAUUCCCUUAUUGGUCCUUCUCGGUCUAGACUCUAACGUAAAAGAGGAUGGAAAACAUUUAUGGAGACUAAAACACUUUAGCAGACCCGCGUAUUGCAACUUAUGUCUGAACAUGCUGGUCGGGUUGGGUAAGAAAGGACUUUGUUGCACCUUUUGUAAAUAUACGGUGCAUGAGAGAUGUGUGAGCAGAGCCCCGGCUAGUUGCAUAGCGACUUACGUGAAGAGUAAAAAAUCCUCUCAGACGUUACUGCAUCACUGGGUGGAGGGAAAUUGUCACGGGAAGUGUGGCAGGUGUCGGAAACCUGUUAAGGCGGGCGUUACGGGGUUGCAUUGUAGAUGGUGCCAGAUUACGUUACACAACAAAUGCGUAUCCCACGUAAAAGCAGAAUGCGGCUUAGGUGAGCACGCGGUCCAUAUUUUACCCCCCACCGCCAUUUGCCCCAUCGUUCUGGAUAGGCAGCGAUCAGUACAAAAAAGAGGGUCCAGAUAUGGAGGGGAUAACGUGAGUAUUAGCUCGUUAAACUCCAACCAGACCAAACAGCCGGCGAUGUCGUUCCAGCUGAGCCCCUCUUCUACCACGGUACCACUUCUGGUGUUUAUUAACCCGAAAUCUGGUGGAAGGCAGGGAUAUAAGAUAUUAAGGAAGUUUCAGUAUAUUUUGAACCCUAGACAGGUGCACAUCUUGGGUGGUAGUCAGGGUGGACCCAUGCAGGGGUUAAACAUGUUCAAAGACGUACCGAAUUUUAAGGUGGUGUGUUGCGGAGGUGACGGUACUGUCGGAUGGGUACUUGAGUCAAUGGACAAAGUGGAACUGGAAUGUCAACCGGGAGUCGCGGUGAUUCCCUUGGGAACCGGGAACGAUCUGGCGCGAUGUUUACGAUGGGGCGGCGGUUACGAGGGCGAAUCGAUUCAUAAGAUUCUUCAUAAGGUCGCGAGGGCUUCCCAUGUAAUGAUGGAUAGGUGGUCAAUUGAGCUCUUUGACACGGCCCCGGUGGAUCCCAAUAAUUUAAAAGUGGUGGACACGAGAAUACCUUAUAAUGUGAUAAAUAAUUACUUUUCUAUCGGAGUGGAUGCGGCCAUUUGCAAUAAAUUCCACAACGAGAGGAGCAAAAACCCGGACAGGUUCAACAGUAGGAUGAAGAAUAAACUGUGGUACGUGGAGUUCGCCACCACGGAGACCCUGUUUGCUUCUUGUAAAAAUUUACAACAAUCCAUUGAAAUUGAAUGUGACGGAGUCGGUUUAGAUUUGGCCAACGGGCUGCCCUUGCAAGGCAUCACUUUCCUCAACAUCCCUUACACGCACGGAGGAUCGAACUUAUGGGGGGAGCAUCUGGCGGUCGCGCGGAGAACUAGAAAGAAAACCAGGGAGAAGGACAUCAGCACCAGCAGCUUCAAUUCGGUGGAUCUCAGUGUAGCAGUACAAGACAUUGGUGAUGGUCUAAUCGAAGUGAUAGGAUUGGACAAUUGCCUCCACAUGGGCCAAGUGAAAAUGGGAAUAACUGCAAGCGGACGCCGUCUCGCUCAAUGCUCCUCCGUCACCAUAAAGACGAAGAAAACUUUUCCGAUGCAAAUCGACGGCGAACCCUGGAUGCAACCUCCCACCACAAUUCGGAUCACCCAUAAGAACCAAGUGCCGAUGCUAAUGGCCCCGCCGCCGGAAAAGAAGAAAGGCUUCCUCAGUUUCUUCCGUCGAACAAAGGGCUUACCUGACUGGCUCGAAUGGAUGUCCUGCAAGGCCUUGCACCGUUUGUCCGGUAACAUAAAUGCCCAAAAGGGCUCUGCGGCGACACGCCAAAGUACGUGUCAAUCAACGAGAAAACUUUGUUGCGGUCACAACUGACUAGACCGGGCCAUUGAUUCAGUACGAAUACGCAAGUGGCAUGAAGAAAAUAACUGACUUUCUCUGUUAUUUUAGUGUAGGUAUGAUAAGCAGUAAAGAUUUAUGGCCACAGAAAAUUAAUUUUCUAAUGCUAAAAAAUACG